UAGACCGCGGCUCACAAAUGACGGCUCGCUUGGCCGCGGUGAAAUGAGAGCUAAAACGUGAGACUGGGAUUUUUUAAAAUUGUUUUCCUUCACCUAAGGACAAAUGGAUCAACAAGAGCAGCUGGAGGAGAUCUCUGCUUGGUGUAAAGAGGAAGGUCUUCCUCCUGACUCCUCAAAGGAAGCUCAGCUGUGUUUGCUAUGGCGCGUUCUUCAGCGCACGACGAGCCGCCUCAGCAAAGUGACCAGAGACCUGGAAACCCACCGCUCUCAGCACUUAGCAGAAAUGGCGGAGGUACGCAAGUCGCUGGAGCAGAUCAGAUUCUUCACGGAGCACAAAAAUGUUUUGGCUCAGGAGAUACAAGAUGAGAAUGAUCACCUUAAGGAGCAGCUGCGGCGCCUAAUAUCACUUCAAGAUGCCCAGAUAAGCGAGGUGGCUAAAAUGCUGUACCAGCAGGGUCUCACAGAGUUGAUUCACAGCAGCCCCAGUGAGCAGGUGGCGUACCUCCUGGUGGAGAGGGCUUCCCUGCUUGAGACAAGCGAGCUUACAGACAAGUUGACGGGUGAUGGAAACACAGCCAACCAUAUGGGGACAGGAGCACAAGUGAAGAGCACCGGCGUAUCCCAGGCUGCCCACAAGGGGGCACCACGUCAUGGGCAGAGCGCAUGGAAAAAACUCUUUGGACUCAAGUCUUCACAGAACAAACAUACUUUUAUUCCUGCUGAGGCCAGAUUUUUGGCUGGCCAGGAAAGUAGUUUGGGAAGAGAGUGCUCCCGGCUGGAGCGGGACCUGGAGGAGGGCUCCCGCCGGCUGGCAAUGGCACACAAUGAGAUCCGGCGUUUGACUGAUGAGCUGGAGUCUGCUCAUUUGACCCAGAGAGCAUAUGAGCCUGAGUUGCAAUCAGCACAGCAGGAGGUGGAGCAGCUCCGGCAGGAGGUAGAAAAGCUGAAGAAAUAUGAAAUGGUGGAACUGCGAAAGACUAAAGAGCUAAAUGAUCGCCUGGACCUCGAGAUCAGAGCCUUGAGGAAUAGGGUUCGCUCCUUGGAUGCUGAGAAAACCUCUUUGAAGCAGAUGGUUGUGUCGCUGCAAGAAGAAGCAGAGCAGUUGAAGGCAGCCUUACAGGAGCUCCUAACUAAAGAGGUUCCAGUCAAACAAGCAACAGAGAUGACUCAAUCUCCAACAGCAGAGCUGGUACAGAGCAACAAGACCUGCAGACAUUUGCAAGAAAAGCUCACUGCAGAGAGGAGAAGCCUUUUGGAAAAAGAGGAAACUAUACAUUCUCUUCAGCAGCAGGUUGACUGUUCCCAAACCAGUGUGGAUAACUUUGUGCUAAAUAUCAACACCAGUGAAGACAUCCUGCAGGAUCAAAUGCUGCUGAAACAAAAAAAGGCAGAUCCCUAUCUUUUUGUAAACACUCAGUCACAUGACUCCUUUGUGACAGCGGAUGAAGAGCCACAGACGAUAAAGUGCGAAGAAAACAGACCACAAAAGGAGUGUAUUAAUUGUCAACAAGCAAUGAAAACUCUGCUGUCCUCCCAAGAGGAGUGUGAGGCACUUAAAAGCGAGAUCUGCGAGACCCUGUACUGCAUUGACGAAGAGCGAAGCAAAUUCCACGAGAUGAAGCAAAAACACAAGGCCAAACUUUGCCGAGCCAAACAGAAAUUUGAAGAUGAAACCACCUGGCGUGAUGAGAAGAUAAAAAGUCUAGAGAGAGAAUUGUCCUUGUGCUGUCAUUCAGUAGCAAAGGAGAAGGAGCUUGUCAUAAGCAUAACUGUGGAAAAUGAGAAACUACUCUCUGAGAGGAGGAAGCUACUGCAACAGCUAAACGAGGAGGAGCACAAGAAGAAGGACAGUUGUCUAAAAGCUUCUUUAUCCAAAUGCAGGGUGGAACUUUUAGAGCUCGAAAACAAGAAACUCGGAAACCAAAUAUCACAAAUGUCCAACCAGCUCGCUGUCCUGGAGUUCAGCCUGCAGAAGACGGAGCUGCUUCACUUUGCUGAGAAACUUAAGAAAAUGCCAGAUGACCAGCAAGUUUUCAAGUCUCUUCCUCAGCAGUCUUCAAGUGUGAUUUCACCUGAGCAGUCUGAAGCUCAGGCCUUGUUGGAUGGUACACUUAGAGGUCACUCCAAGCAGACAGAUGGGACUUGUUACAGUCGUGCGUCUGAGAUUGUGUGUCAAUCAGCAGAUAUGAGCUACCUGAACCUGACCUCUACACAGAAAAACCACUUGAACCGCUCAGGUCCCCUGGCUGCCCUCAGCAGCCUUGAAAAUCUGCCUUCCUGAAGUUUUCUGUUUUAUUUGUAAGUUAAAUUAAUAAAUAAGAUACAAACUGGGUUUGAAUUUCAUUAAAACAAUCAAAUUAAA